UCCUCAUGCGCGACAUUUUGUCUCGGUUCCUAAGCAGAUGCCGCAGUUGUCACGAAGAGGAGGAGGCUGUUAUUGAUAACGGUUGGAACCGAACCGAACAGAACGGACAUGAUUCCAGAUGAAGGAUCGGGGCGAUCCUCCCGAAGCACAAUACCCGUUAGAUUGACGUAAUAAUAAGGAGUUAUUAUGCGACCGUUAUUGCCGUGAGACAGGUCUCCUGUGGUGCAGUUCCCGUAGCGGCAUGGUCUACGCCCAAUCAACAGACAGCAUCAAGCCCUCCCUCCUGUCCCUCCUCUCCCCUUCCUUUACCCUCCCAUGACCUUUAACCUCUCAGACAAUGGCAACACCAGCUCAGCCACACCCUUCCUCUAUAACCACGAUGCCCUCUCCUCCUCCUCUUCCUCCUCCGGCCUCCAGAACACCACCCAGGUGUCGUAUGAACUCACCCCAGCGGAGGUGGCUGUUCUGGGGCUGGUGUUCAGUCUCCUGUGGCUGGUCUCCAUCCUGGGUAAUGCUCUAGUGUGUGUGGUGAUCCACCGUAGCAGAAGAAGUCAGUCCACUACUAACUACUUUGUGGUGUCCAUGGCCUGCGCUGAUCUGUUGCUGUCCCUGGGCUGUGCUCCCUUCAUCCUCCUCCAGGUGACCUGCGGAGRMUGGCCUCUCAGCGCUGCCGCCUGUAAGGCUGUUCGUUACCUGCAGCACCUGUGUCCUGGUGUCCAGGUGUAUGUUCUGCUGUCCAUCUGCGUGGACCGCUUCUACACCAUCGUGUACCCACUAAGCUUCAAGGUGUCCAGGGAGAAAGCGAAGAGGAUGAUCCUGGCCUCCUGGAUGUUGGACGCCGCUUUCGUCUCUCCUUGCCUUUUCUUCUACGGCUCGGAGGCGGCGGCGGCGGACGGGGGCGGGCACUGCGACUUCUUCCUGCCGGCGGGAAGCUGGGACGGCGUGGUGUACGGGUCCGCCCACCUGCUCCUGGGGUUGCUGGUCCCGGCCGUCCUCAUCGUGUGGUUCUACCAGCGYGUGGUCCGCUACAUCUGGAGGAUGGGCGCAGACGGACACACGGUCAGGAGAACCAUGAACAUCGUCCCCAGGACCAAGGUGAAGACCAUCAAGAUGUUCCUCAUGCUGAACGUGGUGUUCCUCGUCACCUGGACUCCCUUCUACGUGGUCCAGCUGUGGCACCCUAGUGAGGCCCCGGGCCCCAGCCGACAGGGGGCUCUGGUCUUCUGCUGUGUGGUCUGGGUGUCGUUCAGCUCCGCCGCCUCCAAACCGUCCCUCUACUCCGUCUACAACGCUAACUUCAGACGCGGCAUGAGGGAGACCUUCUGCGCGUCCUCUAUGAAGUGUUACCGUAGCAACGCCUACACCAUCACCGCCAGCUCCCGCGUGGCCAAGAACAACUACGUGGGCGUGGUGGACGUCCCCGUGGCGACCAAGACGACGCUCACCAAAGACUCCGUCUACGACACGUUUGACCGCGAGGCCAAAGAGAAGAAGCUGGCCUGGCCAAUCAGAGCCAACCCUCCCAACACCUUCGUCUGAUAGGAGGGAGAGGGUUUAACUACCAAUCAGAGCCAACCCUCCCAACACCAUCUGCUGAUAGGAGGGGAGGAGACAGGAUUUAACUACCAAUCAGAGCCAACCCUCCCAACACCGUCGUCUGAUAGGAGGGAGACAGGGUUUAACUACCAAUCAGAGCCAACCCUCCCAACACCAUCUGAUAGGGGGGAGGGAGAUGG